GGUCUCCAUCCUUCAGCAUCCCCUCCUCAUCCACCUAUUCGCCCUCCUCCUCCUCCUCCUCCUUCUCUUCGGUAUUUUGUGCAGCGGAGGAAGAGAUGAGGAGUGACUACCGAGGAGGAGAAAGAGGGGACCCUGAGACAACGCGUCCCACACCAGAGCGAGACAGCCACGGAACUUUGAUUUGACGCCAAAUAGCCUGCGAUGAAAAUGACAAUGAAGAGAAGGAGCCACGGUUCUUCUUCUUCUUCUUUCUCAUGGGAGGCUUAGAUGCAACGGGCGUGUGCACCAUAUGAUGUCCUUGGACUCACGCGCUCCAUGAAGAUUUAUUUGUCUGUGAUUUCGUUCUUAAUUUCUCUGAUGUUACCGCUUCGUCGUGCUUGCGCUUAGGUCAGCCGAAUGAAUCUGAAGGCAGUCUGAGCGCAUUGUUUCCAGCUCCGUUGCAUAUGGGAUUUCCAGCCGUGAUGUCUGCAAUAUUUCGCUCUUUGUUUCUGGUUCUACUCAGCCUGCUGUCAGUGGGUGCCCAGACGGAGAUGAAGAAGGUAGUUGGGGACAAUGCCACCUUACCAUGCCACCACCAGUUCCCACCUUCCAGCUCUCUUGACAUUGAGUGGCUACUGCAGAAACCAAAUUCCAAACAGAAAGUGAUUAUUACCUUCUUCGGCGGCCAGGUGUACACCAAUGAGGCCACGGGCAGCGAGGCCAGCCGUCUGUCCUUUGCUGGGGAGUACCUGGGGGGUGACGCCUCCCUACUGAUCAGUGACCUGCUGCUGACCGACUCUGGGGAGUACUACUGUAAAGUUAAGACUGGAGGAAAGUACCACUGGAGCCAGGUCAACCUGAUCGUUCUGGUUAAGCCCUCCAAGCCGAGAUGCUGGAUGGAUGGGAAACUCCUGGAGGGCAGUGAUGUCAAGCUGAGCUGUAAAUCCAGCGAUGGUUCAGACCCCAUUAGCUACAAGUGGGAUCGAGUGCUGGACAAAGGCAAGAGUCUGGGCAAGCUGCCAAACCUGGCACUGAUAGAUCUCAAAAACCCAGAGAUUGUGACGCUGAGGAAUCUCACCAUGGACAGCACAGGUGUCUAUAGGUGCACAGCGAGCAAUGACGUGGGAGAGGAAAACUGCACCAUUGAGGUCACAAUGCAGCAUGUGAGGGAUGUGGGAAUGGUAGCUGGUGCAGUUGUGGGAAUAUCCCUCGGUGUCCUCAUUGUCAUAUUAAUCAUCUGGCUCGUCUUCCGGAAGAAAGAGAAGAAGAAGUACGAGGAGGAGGAGACUCCAAAUGAAAUCAGGGAAGACGCUGAAGCUCCCAAGGCCAAGCUAGUGAAGCCAAACUCCCUGUCCUCGUCUCGUUCUGGCAGCUCCCGCUCUGGCGCCUCCUCCACCCAGUCCAUGGUGCACAACAGCGCCCAGCGUGGUCACCGCCCUCGUCCACCUGCCGUAGCAGCUCUCAAGGAAAAUGGACAGCCUCCUGGCUUUCCGCAGUCCCCUCCAGCCUACACUGCAGUGGUGCCCCCCAAGACCCCCGAGCGCCCUGCCACUCCCAAAUACAACUCCAGGAACAUGUCUGGGCCCACACCCCCGACCCUCAUGGUCCCUGCCCAGACCAAGGCCUUUCAGACUGUGUAGAACUGAAAGUCAUUCACUUCCUGCAGCCAUGUGAGACUCCCACCCUUUCCUUAUCCUCCCAGCUCCCAAAGACUGAGACUCUUCCAUAAACAAAGAAAUGCAACUAGUUAAAACGAUGUAAUUAAAAGAAUCAAUACUAUAAGUCCAAAAGUACUUUUAAUGAAUGCAUACUAAGGGAAAAUAUGACAUGCUUGCCCCCUACUGAAUUGCAUAAAACAACAAAACAAAGGAGGCAAAGGCAGAGACCGGAGAUGAAACAUUGUUUGUGUCUUAUAGCUAGGGGCAGAACUUAUUUUCUGAGUUCCUUCUUUUGGGUUUAGAAGGCACAGAGAAGCACCAUGUGCAUUGAGGUGGAAGAUGCCCCAUAGUAGAGCCUUUAUUUAUUUAUCAAAUCAAAUGGUUAGUCAGGCAUUAGAGAGGAGUGAGGAAAUGAAAACAGUUAUGGCUGGAUAAUAAAGUAAAUCUAAACUAAAUAGAGUCAUACCCCUGUUUACCAUCAGAUGCACAAGAUGAAUACAAGCGCAAAGUAAGUGCAAGACUGUGUGACUGCUAGAGAUUUUCUUUAUUUAAUUGGAGGACAGGGAUGUGGGGUGACUCUGAUUCUUGUCGCUCUGCACCUCCGUCUGGCUGCUUCCAGCACUUGCUCUGAAACCACAAACCGCUUUGCCUCCCAUGGGCUGAGGCGAUUGUGCCCAUCCAUGUGGACAGACACAGCUCACAGCAUGUGCAUCAUCUGCCUCAGUGCUCUUGGUCCUUUGUGCUCUCAUAAAGCACCCAUGAGAAACCACAGCGGUCCUGAGACUGACUCAGCAGCCUCACAAGCAGCUCAUCUGCUUUGCCAAUCAGCAGGGGAAACUUCAGGUACAAGGAUGUAGUAUUGACAGUGAAGUCAAAUUAAUGGAGCUUUUACCCUCCCUCCCACAUCCUGUCUACAUUUAAGGAGCUCCUUUUCUGGUACCAAAUAUCCUCCCUGAAUAAUAACUAGUAUUUAUUAGGCCUAUAGCGAUACUUUAAAUAUAGAGAUAAGCAACUAUUAGACCAGCUGGACUUUCCUUUGUUUUGUCUCUGUUUUCAUGUGUCUCUUCUCCCUGAACAUGUUGUGAAGGGUGACAGACAGCCAUGUGUCCAAUCAUCUAUAUUAAGAAGUGCCACCAAUCCCCAGGAUGGGUUAUUAUUGUUGUUUUUUUAAACACUUUUGUUUACCUGCUACAUUUCUGAACUGAAGCCAAAAUCUGUUGCCAUGAAUGUGUGAUUUGGUGUUAUUUUCAGCCUCCUUUAAGGUACUAAAUCAAGCUAAGGCACAAAGAAUUGACCAUGACAUUCAAUUUUACAGUACUAUGUCUGAAUAAGAGAAACAAUGAGUAUGUUUCUAGAGAAUUCAGUCAUAUAGGAAGUUUAUACCAUCAUUGUCAAUACCCUACUUGCAUCUAUAACAGAGACGUGGCGUUUGAUUGCUGUCUUGGCAAAACCACUUGCUUGGUUAACGGUCAAGCCGUGUUAUCAAGCCAGUACCUUUUUUUUGUCGUAUCCUCAGACAGACCCAGUGCUGUUUGAUUGAAAGUAGCUGAAAAAAGGGCAAGUUGCCUAUUUAGUGUGCCUUUUCAAGCCCUCUUCCCAUUGAUGGUUUCUUUCUUUGUCCUUAUCUUCAGCACACCAGUGGUUACGUCUCUGUCCACAUGCAGCUUUCAGGGUCAACAUCAGGAAAUACUGAGAGGUACAACUUCACAAACUUGCUCUGAUAAUAACAGGUUUAGCUUAGGAAGCAACAAGCAGAGUGAAUGGUAAGAAAGCAAUCCCAUGCCACAGGACAAUGUACUUUACAUUCUGUAAUUAGUCUUGUUUUAUAUUGUACAUACAGAUAGAUAUAUGCACAUGAUGUCAUUUCAUUUCAAAUUAAAGGUAUAUGAGGGGAUAUUCUCCCCUUACAGAAAAAGGCAAGUGGAAAAACCACAGUGAAUUUAAACCAUGUGUUUUGUUUGUUUGUUUAAUAUAUAUAUAUAUAUAUAUAUAUAUAUAUAUAUAUAUAUAUAUAUAUAUAUAUAUAUAUAUUUCAACAACCAUCUCUACCCUGAUGUCAUCUGGUAUUUUCAUAUAUCACAUUUACUGGGAAAAAAAAGUAUGUCGAGGUAUUCACAAGUGUAGAGAAAAAUAUCAGAUGUCAUCACAACUACUGUUCAGAGUCACAUAAAAUGUAUGCAUCUAUUGGAAUGAGUAAUUUCAUGUGAUAAUACAUGGUUGGUGUUUCUGAAACUGAAUGCCAGACAUGAAAAAAUAUAAUCUGUUGUAAAUGAUAAAUGAAUAAUGACAAAAAAAAACUUGACCAUAUACUGAAAUUUUAAAUUAGUGCUUGGCUUAUAGUAUAUAUAUAUUAGGCCAAGCACUAAUUUAAAAUUUCAGUAUAUGGUCAAGAUACUGACAGGUGACAAAUUAAAGGAAAAGGCUGAGUGUUUGAGAGGGACCCUGUUUAGGUGUCCCUCACCCCUCGAAGCAGACAUGGCCAAAAUUCAGCUAAUGCAAGGGCUAUGGACAAUCUGAACCUAGCCCUUGAUGACCUUUCAUUUAAAACAAAACAGCCAAAAAAAUAACUUUUUCACCAUGAGCAAUAGAAUAGAAUAUUUUGUCCCAAACUGUAAGAAAAAAAAAAAGCAUAAGCCCAUAUUUUAGUUUUAACCCAUGCAGGUUCUUUAACUAGUUCACUAUGACUAUCUGGAUAAAAACUUCUCCCACUCCUACCUUGGAGGGAACCAUCACUCCAAAACUACAAAAAGUUGCUGUAAAUGAGGAUUUUUAUUCUGUAAUGAAACAGAGUGGUUUCUUCUACAAUAAUAAUUUUAAGACAUCGAGGGGAGGGGUUCACUGCAUGGGUAAAUAUUUACCUUGUUGGUUUUUCUCUUAAUUUGUCACCAUCUUUAUUUUAGAAUGUAGUGUUUUAAUUGUAAAACCCAAUAAUCUUCACUCUCAGGACAAAUUUUACAAAUGGGGUUUUACAGCUAUUUUAAAGUAUGGUAAAUUAUUAGGACAGUUUGUUCAGUACUUUUGUUUUUUAAAGCAUGAGCUAAACUGAAUCGCCCUCCCAUUAAGGCCCCUUUGCAGGGUAAAUCUGCAGCAUAUGUCUAAAAAGCACAUGUGGUUUAAUUUUACACAUGGGAUUUCACACGUGACUUAACUGUAAGGGAAAUUUAGAAAAAAAAAGCCUUUUAUAUUGAACUAGAAAACAGCAGUUCAUAUUUGACCACGGAGGCUGUUGAGUGUGUGUGCGUGUGUGACGGGGGAGCGUGUUUGUAUGUAUGUACUUGCGUGCAUGCAUGCUUGUGAAUGCGCGUGAAUGUGUAUGUGUGGGUGUGUGCAUGUAAAUUCAGUAUAAGCCCUUGGGCCACACCCACACAUUCUGAUGUUAGCCAUUCACUGCGAAGGAUCCAGUCAAGUAAAUCAACCUCUAUCUAAAAUUAUGUGACUGCAGACUGGCGGUGUUUAUUUUAGUUCUCGCUGAGUUUUAUAUGCCUAUUGAACUUGGCUGUACAGGCAGCCAACAUGUUUUUGGUUGUGGGGGUGGCGUCUUGAGACAAAAGAACGUCCAUAAUUCAUAACUAUCAUCAGCUCUGGAGGCUGCUUGUAUGCUCUCUCCUUCGCUCUUGCUAUCUCUUAGCAUAGAAUGCACUUAUGGCAUCUCAAGGCAGAUAUGCACAUACAUACAAACACCUAAUACAAGCAGGUUCGAGUUGUAUAUACAUGCACAUCAACAGGUGUACAAAUCAUGUGCAGGUGCACACAAGAACACAGGUGUGUGUUUUAUGUACGCUCACAGUUGCACAUGCACGCAAACCUCACAAACCCUCACACCGUUUGCACAAACAAAUACUCCAAAUAGCAUUUCUGGUUAUUUUUGGUCCUUCAGAAUCAAUUUAAUGGAUCAAAUGUCUGGUAUUACAACUAACCAUCUAAUGGAUCCAGGAUACUAAAUGCAGCACAGAAAAGGACAUUCUUCGCUGCAUCAUCCUGAGGACAUCUACUGUAACAGAAAACACACACCUGCAAGCAGGUAUACUUGCACCAAGACAGACAGACACUGCUAUGCAUCUUAACAAUCUGGACAGCAUGUGCCGAAAGACUUUUUUCAUGGGAAUCUGGGAGAGUGGCACUUGGAAUCAGCAGAGGUAUAACAGGAUUGGUACUGAGCCAUAGCUCUAGGCUCUUGCUAUUGAAAUACCCCCUCCCUACUGCUGAUGAAAGUAGCGGUGCAGGUGGAGGAUGAGAUGCAAGUCUUCCAGCUGUUAAACUCCUCCAAGCUUUUUGAUUUGCUUUCAAGCAUCUGCAAGUCUCAGGUGGUAGAAUCCCCAGUUUAUGAGCCCUUGCAUUGCAUCCAACUUUGUGGCCCGUCAAACUUGUGUUUCUCUUUUUCUAACAAAUGAAUUUUAAGGCAUUUUUGUCUGAUCAGCGAAUGGAGGAUUGUCUUUACACAUGUCAAUGUCAACAGCACAUCCAAUAUCAUCUUUUAAAAUAGCAACCAUCAGCACUAUAUAUUGUCUUGUUACCAACACUCAGCAGUGCAGUAAAAUCAUUAAUGGUUAUCCUGCAUUACAAGAUAGAAGUAUGAAUCUCAUGUAGCUGUGUUUUAUGUUUUAUUAGGCAGUUUUAUUUCUGAUUAAAGCUGUUAAGCAGGGCAAUUUGUGGUUUGGCCUUGUCUGUCAGUAUAGGAGAAUGUGAUGUACUAUUACCUUUAAGAUGGGAAAUGAAUGGGGCUUAAAUGAACCUCAAGAAAUUAGGGAAGAUAAAGAAAGAGGUCAAAGGUACUUGCAUGUCAUAGAAGAUUGAUCAGAUGAACGCUUUGAAUGCUUUGCUUUGAUGUAACAUAAUGUAAUCGGCUAAAAAUGAAAACUUAAAAAAAAAGGAAAAUCAAAAAUUGUAAAUAUAUCCUCACAAAAAUUUUAUGAAGCUUUAUUUUUGUCUUCUUUUAAAAAUUUUGUCGUUUUCAAAUUUUCAUCCAUGUUCUUUGCACUUUUUCUGUGCUAUGCUCAUUGUUGGCCUGUGCAGAAUCUGUGUGUUUGGCUGUUUCUCUUGACUGAGUUGUUUCAGUGUCAAUGGGAGACAGGCUCAGCACGGCUUUACUAAAGGGAAUUGUAAGACACCUUUUUUUUCUUUUUGUUUUUUUUUAUUUACUCUCAUCUGUUUUUUCUGAUGUAGCUUCUCUUUGAUUUUAUAUAACAAUGGAGAUUUUUUUGGUUUGUUCAUUUUAUGAAAACAAUCCAUGUAAAUAUCACAAGUAAAAAAUGUAUAUUUUUACGACCUCUGAGUUAUUACUCUUUCAUUUGCAAAUAAAAUAUUCAAUGACAACUUAA